CUAUUACACUAUGGCAAACAAACUCGCACAUUUUCGCGUUUGACAGUUUGCCAAACUCGCAAACAAGACAAAAUGUAUGCAAGCUAACGUUUCUGUAAACAAAUGUUGGCGAACAAACAACGCAGACAAACUGUCAGAAUGUGCGAGUUUGUUUGCCUGAGUUUAAUAGCUCCUUGAGGAUUCUCAAAAUCUAUAAAAAAUCAAUAAAUAAAAAUAAUAAUUUUCAUAAAGGGUCUCAAGGGCCAGUUAUUGAUCCUUUUUCAGAGGCCGCCGCGGACCGUAUCAAAUGGCUUCAAGGGCCUAUUUGAGGGUUAUUUCGAAUAAGUGUGUACAAAAACUGCUCGAAUUUAUUAUUUGCUUUAUUUGUCGGAUCCAAUGUUUAUAAACAAAUAUCUGAUUAACUUGUCAUUUGAUUUGCUGGCUGUUCUUUAAAGAUCCGGAAAGAUUGAUUUUACAACUGAAAUUUCACCUUGCCUUCCGGAAAAAUAGUUAAAAAGGUGCAGUAAUGCCGCUCGAUCUGAUCGCGGACACCACCACGCUAUGCCGGGUGUGCAUGACGGCCAAGGAGGGUCAUCGCACCGAUCUGUACGAUGCCGCUUCGUUCGUGUCCGGCCAGCCCAGCCUGCACGGGAUGCUGAGAGCCGUUUGCGCACCGGUAUUCGACAAAUCCAACGACGCAGCAGACCGUCCACCCGGAAUGCCCACCAAGGUUUGCGCCAUCUGUCGGAACGCCACCAUUGCGGCCUUUAAACUGCACCAGAUGUGCAUCGAUACCGAGCGGCGGUUGGGGCAGUUGCUGGCGCUUAAGCGGGAACUUCGGGAAGGGUUGGAGGGCGAUGAGAUUGGUGGAGAGUGUGGCGAUCCGUUGAAGAGUAAUGCUGAGGGGGCUUUGGAACCAACAGUGCAGACACAGUCUUCAAUGCCUGAAGAGAAACAUGAUGAAGAAAAGGAACCUGAGGAGUCCGAGCAAAUUCCCGAGAAUAUCGAAGCUUCUCUGCCAUAUGGUGAACACGAGGGUUCGAUUAAAGUUGAAGAAUUAGACUUGGUUGAUACCAGCGAUAACGAAGAACAUGCCGAACAUGCUUCUGAUUCGGCCGAAAAUCAGGAACCUACCAGCGUAGACUAUACAAUCAAGAGAAAUUGUAAAAUAUGCUCGGAAACGUUCUACAAACCUUCCUUGCUGAGAAAUCACAUGACGCAAACGCAUCAGCUGUACAUGUGCGAAAUAUGCCACGAAACGUUUGGAUCUCUUUCCUGGUUCGUUCAACACAAGUCCAUGAAGCAUAGAAAGCGACCUGCUUGUUCAAAUUGUGGUGAGAAAUUCGUUACUAAACUUGAUUUGAAGAACCACCAACAACAAGGAUCAUGCUCGGGAAAGAUUAAUCAAUGCUCAAUAUGCAAGGAAGUAUUUCCCACAAGAGCUCUUCUGUAUAAACAUAGGAUAACCCACAGGACCACUUACAAAUGCAAUAUUUGUGACGUAAUGUCGAUCUCGAAAUCAACGCACGAUCUUCACAUGAGGAGACACUUGGGCGAUAAACAGUUCGCUUGCAACCACUGUCCAAUGCGUUUUCACACAAGAGUAGAGCUGGCAAAACACAUACUAACGCACACCAAGACCAAGAACACAGUUUGUGAAAUUUGCGGCUCUCGAUUCACAAGAAAAGAAUCUUUAAAGAUGCACGUAAAACGUGUACAUGAAGGAUAUCGUCCCCACGAGUGCUCGCUGUGUGGACUAAAAUUUUCCCUAAUAUGUCUCCUCAAGCGCCACAUGUACACCCACACCGGGGAAAAACCAUUCAAGUGCCAGCUGUGUCCGCAAGCGUACGCCCAAACCAACGAUCUAGUCAAGCACGUGGCCCGCGGACAUGGCCUCGACAAGCCUUACCAGUGCGAUCGGUGCGAUGAGGGGUUCCGGUUGCUGACGGAUCUGCGCCAGCACUACCGGGUGCACGUGCAAUCGACGGAAGGUGGCGCCGAACAAAUGGACGAGGUGCGCUUCACCAGUGUGGCAAUUUUGCAGAGGGCAUUCGCCAAAGAUAAGCAGCCGAAGGGAGAAGAAGCUUUUAAUUAGCGAGUCUGCACGGCAUUGAUUGCUGGUUUGGAGAUCAAUAAAAAAAACAUGAUUUAUUUGAAAUUAAGAUUGAAAGCCUGUUUGUGAGAACUUGGGUAUGUUAUCCAUUAGUGGAACC